AACUAAUCCAACUCAUCUCUCUCGGACAUCUAUCUCCCCUCUCUCCCUUUGAAAAAACAAAGAUGGAUAAAUCAUCAAUCCAGUGCUUCUUAUUCAUACUUCUCACCAUCAUCGUCACCAUGAUUUCAUGUUCGAAUGCACAAAGAGAAGUUGAGGAUGAAAGUGAAUUUAGCUACAUGCGGAAUCAAGAGAACGGGCCAGAGAAAUGGGGGAAACUGAAACCGGAAUGGAAAAUGUGCGGAAAAGGAGAGAUGCAAUCUCCAAUUGAUCUUAUGCACAAAAGAGUUAGAAUUGUUUCACAUCUUGGAAGGCUUACUAGAAACUACAAACCUUCCAAUGCAACUCUCAGAAAUAGAGGCCAUGACAUGAUGGUGAGAUUUGAAGAAGGGUCAAGUAGUAUUAAGAUCAAUAAUGUUGAAUAUCAACUCCAUCAGCUUCAUUGGCAUUCUCCUUCUGAGCAUACGAUCAAUGGGAGAAGGUUUGCUCUGGAACUGCAUAUGGUUCACGAAAGCUUAAACGGAAGCUUGGCUGUAGUCACAGUACUUUACAAAAUCGGAAGGCCAGACUCUUUUCUCAACUUGUUGGAAAAUAAAUUGUCGGCGAUGACAGACCCCAAUGAGGAAAAAAAUAUAGGAAUGAUUGAUCCCAGGGGAAUUAAGUUUGGGAGCAGAAAAUAUUAUAGAUAUAUUGGAUCACUUACCAUUCCUCCUUGUACCCAAAAUGUUAUUUGGACCGUCGUUAAAGAGGUAAAGACUGUGGCAAGAAACCAAGUGAAACUACUCCGAGUGGCUGUUCACGAUCAUUCAAAUACAAAUGCAAGGCCGGUUCAACCUACAAAUAUGCGCGUGGUCAAAUUCAACAGACCAAAAUCUUGCUGAAGCAGAUAGAAAUAUGAAAUAUGUUUUUAUAAAUUUGUUUUACAAUAAACAGUGCAAUAUUGUCAUAUUAUACUAAAUAAAGGAUGUGUUUGAUGAAUAUAUUUGGUGUCCCA